AUGAGGCCGGUGAGAGAGGCCGCGGCGGCGCUGGUGGGCAUCGACGGCGGCGACGACCAGGCGGCGGCGGCAUCCGCGGCCGGACACGUAGCCCACGCGCACGCGGGGCUGUGGAGGACGCCGAUGCCGUACAUCUUCCUCGGUUUCGCGCUCAUGAUGGGCCUCAUUGCCGUCGCGCUGCUCAUGCUCGUCUGCACCCGCCGCAAGCCGUCGACAGGCGUCGGCGCGUCGCGGCGGGGAAGCGGCGCCACGGAGGAGGCGUCAGCGUCGGCGCGGGGGGCGACGAUGGCGCCGCUCGACCGAGAGCCCAAGGUCGUCGUCAUCAUGGCCGGCGACGACAUGCCGUCCUUCAUCGCCAGCGCCAGGCCCUUGUCUUUCUCCGGCGAGCCGAGCAAGCCGGACGCGGCCUAG